GAUGUGCUAGUGGCACACACAGGGAACCGAACCGAACGGAGGCUCCAAAAGGCGACAUCCUCUCGACUCGUUUGGCGCCAUAUUUACUCGGACCAAUCGGAGGCGGCUACUCCGUAUUUACGUGACUGCGUGUGUGCGCCAGAUAGUCCUGUUUUCGGGGUCCCCCGUUUGUUUGUGUAAUUUCGCGCGCUUUUGUGUCGCCCGCUGGACGGAAGUCUUAUAUACCAACGGGUCGAAAAAUCGGGUUCCAAAAAAAAGCAAGAAGGGAUUUAAAAAGGCGUGAGAUUUGCGGCCAACUGCUGGACGACUGCCAGCGGACUGAAAUCUUAAUUAGCCAUUUAAUGGCAGUUGGCAGACAACAAAGGCUGAUGUUGUUUUCCCGGAAGCAUCCGAAGAAGCAGCAAAAGGAGGAACUUUAGCACAGCCAAAAGCCGAUCAGCAGACCAUCCAGCUUUGAGUGUUUUAUGGUCCCGAAGUGGCAGCUACAGUCCCUAACAACUAACUAACAAGAACAACAUCGGCUUAGGGCAGCAGGAAGUAUCAACACGAGCCAAGGAAACAAAGCAAUCUAUAAAGAUGGCCGGCGGGGGCAGGACAGCCGGCAAAUACGGUUAUUCGGACAACAAUUAUUACAGUGGUCACUCGUACAAGAGCAUCAACGAUGAGAUUAUACUGGUCAGCAUCAUAAUGGGGAUUACCAUACUGGUGCUCAUCACCAUCGCCCUGUGCUACAUUGCGUAUGAGAAAUGCCAGAAGAAGCGGGAAUAUUAUAUCAACGCCUAAGGGAUUUCGGUAUCGAAGGAUGAAUGGGGCGACUUUCUUUCCUUUUGUCCUGCGUUUGUUUUCCUUUGCAGCGGUGCAGGCAGUGCAAGGCUAAAUGUCAACACGGUCUGCGACAAUGUUGACGUUGACGAUUUAGUUGGCCAACAAAAAUAACCCAGAGUGGCCUCCCCUUUUUUCCAACCCCACAUACCACCCAACCCAACCAAAAUCCCCCCCAGACACGUACACAAAUCGGAAAGCAGUGGAAUUUGUGCUGUUUAAACGUUGCCGCCAUUCUCUGUUGGUUUUUUGCCACAGUUGCAGUUUUCUCAAGUGUCAGGAAGCAUGGCUCUAUUGUUUGGCCACUGUGCACAGUGGGUUCCUACCCUGGCACUUGACAUUUGUCCAGCCAAUUAGGCGUUUGUAUUUUGCCAUUUCGUAUUUUUCUUACACCCCGGU